GGGGGGGGGGCGCUGGACAAUGCGGUGCAUUUAGAGGAAGGAGCGAGCUCAUGCCCCAAGUCCAUUUCUUUUCUUCUGUGCUGUGAAACAGGCUGGGGAUCAGGGCAGUUGGACUGUGAUGUUUAAACGAGGCGGGGCUGAGCUCGUUGUCUCAAUUUGGACGAACCACCAGUAGGACGGUGCUGCCCCUCCGGAGCCGGAGUGCUGCUGCUGCUGUUUUGUGGGAUUUGGAGGAGCAGACAUGAAUUCAGCCGAGCAAACGGUGACAUGGCUUAUCACGCUGGGGGUCCUGGAGUCUCCCAAGAAAAGCAUCUCGGAUCCAGAGGCUUUCCUUCAGGCGUCUCUACAGGAUGGAGCGGUGCUCUGCAGGCUGCUGGAGCGACUCAGACCCGGGACGCUGGACAAAUUUUUCCAGGAGCCGAGGAACGACAGCGAGAGUCAGAGAAACAUCGCAGAGUUUGUUAAAGGCUGUGAGGCUUUCGGAGUGGAGCCUUUUGAGGUCAGUGACCUACUGCAGGGACUGAACUUCACCAAGGUUCUGAACUCCUUAGUUGCUUUAAACAAAGCCACUGAAAAUUUAGGCGUUUCUGGAGAUAGCGUGUGUGUUUCUCAUUCCUCAAAUUUAAGGAUCAAGUCAUUUGACUCCCUGAACACUCAGAGUCGCUCCUCAAAGCUGCUGCAGCCGCAGUACCGCAGCCUGGACAUGUCGGAGGGUAGUGGGUGUGGCCACUUGCUGGUCAAAGCACGCUUUCCUUUCCAGCAGACCAACGAGGACGAGCUCUCAUUCUCCAAGGGAGACAUCAUCAGCGUGAGCAGGCAGGAGGAGGGGGGCUGGUGGGAAGGCUCACUGAAUGGCAAAACUGGGUGGUUCCCUAGUAACUAUGUACGGGAGCUGAAAGGAAGCGACAAAAUGGCUGACAAGCCAAAAUCUGGGACACUGAAAAGUCCGCCCAAAGGCUUUGACACCACCAUCAUCAGCAAGACCUAUUACAAUGUGGUGCUGCAGAAUAUUCUGGAGGCAGAAAGUGAAUAUUCAAGGGAGCUACAGAGUCUGCUGGGUUCAUACCUUCGCUCACUUCAUCCCACAGACCGACUCAGCAAUGCUGAUAUCAGCCAUAUUCAGGGGAAUCUGGAGGAGAUCUCAACGUUUCAACAGAUGUUGGUUCAAUCUUUGGAUGAACAGAUCAAACUCCCUGAGACCAAGCAGAGGAUUGGAGGGUUUUUUCUGAGCCUGAUGCCCCAGAUGAAGAUCAUCUAUGUGGCCUAUUGCUCCAAUCACCCAUCUGCUGUCAAUGUGCUCACAGAGCACAGCGAGGAGUUGGGGGAACACAUGGAGUCAAAGGGGGCGUCAUGUCCGGGUAUCUUGACACUCACCACGAGUCUGAGUAGACCUUUCACCAGACUGGAGAGAUACCCUGCACUCCUCAAAGAACUGGACAGACACAUGGACGAACAACAUCCUGAUAGAGCUGACCUCCAUGUUGUCAUGACAGCUUUUAAAGGCCUUGCGGCUCAGUGUCAAGAGGUGAGAAAGAGGAAAGACCUGGAGCUGCAGAUUUUAACAGAGCCCAUCAGAAACUGGGAGGGAGAUGACAUCAGAACUUUGGGCCCAGUUCUCCACAUGUCCCAGGUCACAGUUCACACGCAGAAUUGCCAGGAAUCAAAUGAACGCUACCUGGUCCUCUUCCCUCACACUCUGCUCAUGCUCUCUGCCAGCCUUAGAAUGAGUGGAUUCAUCUUCCAGGGGCGGAUGCCAUUGACAGGAAUGCUCAUCUCCAGAAUCGAAGAUGGAGAAAACUUGAGGAAUGCCUUUGAAAUAUCUGGUGGCCAAUGUGAACGGAUACAGGUAGCUUGUAACAGUCAGCGUGAUCUGCAGGACUGGCUGGACCUGCUCACCAAACACACACACACCACACCUCCUGUGCACAUGCACACGCAUAAGCCUCAGUCUCCCUGCCACACGCUGCCCUCCCAUUCCAUCACUCCCUCCAGACUCUCAGAGUCCCGUGGGGGCGUCAGUGAAAAAAAACUUUACCACACCCUGCCUCACCUCUCCUCAUUUGAGAUGGGGCACAGUGGCAGCCCCAUGUGGGGACCUCUGGAGCCACCAAGCACCCCUAAACCCUGGAGCCUCAGCUGCCUACGCCCGGCACCUCCACUGCGGCCCUCUGCAGCUCUCUGCUUCAAGGAGGACAUGAGUAAGAGCCCAAAAAACAUGAAGAAGCUGCUUCCUAAGAGGAAACCAGAAAGGAAACCUUCAGAGGAAGACUUCACUGUCAGAAAGAGUACAGCAGCUCUGGAGGAGGACGCUCAGAUACUGAAAGUGAUUGAGGCUUAUUGUACUAGUGCCAAGACCCGACAGACCCUCAACUCAACCUGGCAAGGAACAGACCUCAUGCACAACCAUGUGCUGGCGGACACCAGCCUCAACGUGGUUGGUGUCCCCGGAAACCUGCCAUGUUCUGACCAGUCGGAAGACUCGGAUUAUGACAGUAUCUGGACUUCCCCUAGUCAAAGGACUGCCUCAUUUUCUCGCUCCAGUAGGAAGGAUGUUCAGGUGUUGUUCCCAGAGGAGGAGAAAAUUAUUGUGGAGGAAACGAGGAGCAAUGGGCAAACUGUGGUGGAGGAGAGGAGUCUGGUGGACACUGUUUACAGUCUCAAAGAUGAAGUCCAGGAACUCAAACAAGACAACAAGAGGAUAAAGAGGACAUUGGAGGAAGAACAGCGAGCCAGAAAAGAGCUGGAGAGGAUUGUCAGGAGAGUUCUGAAGAACAUGAACGACCCGACCUGGGAUGAGACUAACCUCUGAAAUCAGUUUGUCUGAACCAGGAAGCACUUGUGACUUUUCAAUGACCGAAUGACGAGAACUGAUCAGACUGUGUACACAACAGUUCCCAGUUAUUCUUGUUACACCUCAACAUGAAUCCCUUUGCAUUAACUUUAACCCUGACAUUGACCCGUGUGCCAAAACGUGGACCAAGAAGAGAUGCCUGUCAGCUAUCAGCGAAGCCAUCCCAACUGACCAAAAAGCUGUGAAGCCAUGACAGCUGGCUGGCAUGAAAACCCCACCACCUGCCAUACUCCCUGUUUUUAAAUGUGCCAUCAUUACAGCAAUGGCACUUUUCUGGUUUACCUUUGUUUUAGUUUUUUCUGUCUCUGUCUACUUUUUGAACAAAUUUCUACUGUUGCUAAGUCAGUGUUUCAUUAUACGAUAGAUCUAGGAGACUCUAUAGUAGUACAUAAGUUACACACCUCUCAAAAACACACAGCUCCUUUCAUUAGAAAGCAAAUAUGAUGCAAUUUUCAAAUAACAGACUACUAAGAUGCCACAUCAGAAUAUGCCUCAAAUGAAAUGUAGUCGUACCAGCUUUUACCUAAAAGAAACAUUGAUGGACUUGGCGUGUAAAAAAAAAAGCUAUAAAAAACCUCAGCCCAUCGAUCAAAACCUCUCAGAAAUCUGUUAUCAUCAGAAAUCCUGUCUUUUUUUCUCAGAAAUCUCUCAGGACUGAAACAUUGACACUGAAUAGCUUAAGUUUCCAGCUCUACGUUUUACCAUCAAAGCAAUAUGUGAAGGUGGACCAGAUUUGUCAGAGAGCUGAAAAUCCCAGCGGAAGGCUACUGCUCUGCUUCCUGAGCAGAUGUUUUAUCAGGUUUCUCUGCACUUAAGAAUAGUUUAGUUCAUGCUGGUACUGGAUUCAGUCAGCCAUAAACUAUUUUUAGCUCACCGUCAUCAUGAAAAGCCCCACUCAGGAAAUGUUUAUAUCUUUUUUUCUUCUCUCUAUUUCAAAGAGUUUCAGGCCUUCUGUUGUAGUCUGCACAGCCAAAACUGAAGAUAGAUCAACUCUGAUUAAAUAAAUGGAUCCAGGAUUAAAAAGAGCAAAAACGUCCCGUAACUCCCAUCAGAUGUCAAACAGAAUUAUGAAACUGAAAUUGUGCUGACAUCUCUGAAAACGGUAGGCCCUCCAACACAAUCACUGCCUUUGAGCCAAAUACAACUUUAGUCACAUUCAUCAAUCCGUGUUUGAAAAAAAAUAGAACCCAAGUUGAACGAUGUGAACAUAAUACUGGGAUAUCAAAGUGAUUCAAACUAUUUAUCGAGAGUGUCUUAAACGUGUAAAUGCAGCUGACUUCACAAAUCAGUGAUACUUAAAAGUGAGAAGUGCUGAUCUGGGCACUAAUUUGAUUUUGAAACUUAAUAACUAAUAAGUUUCAUACUCCAAGGCAGCAACUUUGAUCUCAAUCCGAGGAAACUGAACUCAUACUUUAGCUUAGUGAUAAAAAAAAAAAGAAAAAAGGCGGUAUCCCUGAAACGGUGGCCGGAUCACACAACUUUUCCCGCGUCUCUACCCUUUUCUUCUGUCUUGUCAUUCAGGAUGAGACGGCUCAGUGAUUUCUGUUUCUAAAGACCAAAGUCAAAGCAAUACUACACUGGAAUUAGUCUUUUUUUAUGAUCUCAGUUAUUGCAGAAUUAUUUCUAAUUUUUAUAUUUAUCAUUGUAUUUUUAGGAUGGUUUUGAUUUGUAACACUUAUUUUCCCACUUGCCCUGGCCUGAUUUGUACAUCCAGAGACAUGCUGUUGGGAGAACAUUCCUUUUUUGGCCAGUUGAUAACACUGACACUAAAACCACACUAAUGUAAGUUAUAUGAUCCAGUAUGCCGGCUCUAACUUAUGUAUUUAACUAAAAGCGACUUGAUGUGAAUGUGUUUUGUGUUCAGACGUCAGUGAUGAGGGUGAUUUCUAGUUGUUGCCAUGAUAAGAAUCAUUUGUUUAUUUAUGCGAUUUUUUUUCUUAUUGAAUAAAACAUUGAAUCAAGC